GGUCCGGUAGAGCCAUAACAGGUCCAGACGUCAAAGUAAAAACACCUUCAUAUCGAUAGCUCUGUUGUACUAUUUUUUUCUGGGGGAGAUACGUGUUAUGUAUUGUAUCUCUGUCUUUCUGGAAGGUGUAUUUUAGAGUGUGUUUUUUUUCUCUCUCUCUAGAAGGAGUGGAAGUAAAGUCAAAUAAGUGUUUAUUUUGAGGAUUAAAGGAGAAAAAAGGUGACCAGUAGCCAGUUUCAUCUUGUGCUGCUUAGAAGCUAUCAAGACAUUAUAUUUUAAAUCUUCGCAAGAUGACUGCCUCUCAACGCCUUCUGUGUGUGAUGUCAGCUCUGGUGGGCGUGGUUUCGCCAGCGCCCACGACGGGAGAUUCUCACGCCCACACUCCACCGGUUCUUCUUCACGCCCAUCAGCCCAUCUCGGCCGCUCAGACCCUCCUGUUGCAUCGCUAUGUUGAAGGUGCCGCCCACGAUGAUGUCAGCACCGCCCAUGAUGAUGUCAGCACCGCCCACGAUGUAAUUGCCGCCCACGCUGAUGUCAACACCGCUCAUGACGGAGGCACUGACGUCCAUGAUGCCAAUGCCGCCCACGGUGAUGCCAACGCCGCCCAUGAUGUAAUUGCCACCCACAGUGACGUCAGUGCCGCCCACGACGCCGUUACUCCCGCCCACGACGUACUUACCGCCCACGACGCCGUCACCCCACCAGCCCCCCCCGCGAGCUCGCCCCCACGACGCAUCUCCCGCCCACGACGCAUCUCCCGCCCACGCAGCCCGCACUGCCACAUCCGCCCCUGCUCCGACUGACGGUCAGAUACGUCCUUCUCGCCGGGAUCGCCAGCCGUCAGCCAGAGCGUCAGCCGGCGUGGCAAGGACGAAGCGAGGUUCCGGCGUCGUCAUCCGCGGGCCCUUCUACCCCUACCCCCGCGGGCGAGGUCCUCUCCGCUUCACGUCUGGAGCCGCCCACUCUCACGCCCACGCUCUCCUCCUGCCGGCCUUAGCUGCGGCGUCCGUCCUCUACACCUACGGGCUGCGGUGGGCGUAAGGGGGCGCGCAUUUUCUCGGACGAAAGCAGAGGAUGAGGCCAAGACGCAGGAAGGGCCAACGAGGAAGGCACUGCGUGUCUCGUGUGCUCCCGCGUCGGCAGAGCAGCGAGUCCUUUGCGCCGCUCUGCUUGCUGCACGCGAACGACCCCGACCGAGCCUCCCACGAGACGAGCGGAAAAACGCCUCUCUCUGUGCUUGUACCUGCUUGUUAGAGCGCGGGUGAGAAUGGGUCUGCGCGUUUCCUGCUGGCGACGAGCGGCGAAAGUGGUCUCUCUGCUUGCGUCUGCUUCAUGGAACGAGAGCGAGCGAGCGAGAACGAGAUGCAGCACCUCUCCGGGCUAUUACACGAGCCCAAACGCUUACCCCUGCUUGCGUCUGCUUGCUAGAAACGAGCGAGUGAGCUGGAAGGAGACGAAGGAACUUCUCUUUGGAUUCCCCGGCAAGAAUCCGGUGAACGAGACUCGAGGAAAUCACUCACAGAGAAAGAGGGAGAAGGACGUGGGAAUUGACCUAAAACAAAAAGAAAAAAAUCCAUCCUUUCUAGUUCCAUUUCACCCUAAAAGUGUUCUCCGUGUUCUUCGUGAGAUGAUCUCACCAUAACAUAAACUUUUAAGCACUUACUGUACUCUGCACCUCACGCAUUACUCCCUCAGGUGUGAUGUGUGUUCACUGUGUUAACUUAUUACACAAAACCAACAUUUUUCCUUUCGUUGUUUUUUAAAAAGAUUAAGCCUGACAACAGAAGUCACGCUUAAUUAAUAUCUUGUCAUGCAAGGACUUACUUUAUACAUCACUGAUGCUUUCAGUGUGAGAUUCUCAUACAUAUUAUAAUAAAUAAUAUUCAAUUUUCUAUUGUAAGUUAUAAACGUGUAAAUAUCAUUAUUUAAACAUGUUGGUUCUUCCUUCAUAUCCCGGCAGUGGAUUGGUGAGAACCAUAUUUAUUAGAUAUUUAUCUAUGUACAAAACUCUGAUAUGAGAAAAAAAUAUAUAUAUAUAUUGUAAA